UCGAAUUGACUUCAAGUGCAGAGCAUUUGAGCAUCAUGAAGGGAUCUCAUGAACUGAUGGUUUGCUAUCUGUUAUAAAUAGGCGGAUAUUUUUUGUUGCUUCUCCAUUGGUACUACUAAACGAGGCAACCUUUCGGAAAAAAGUGUCAGUCGCUCCAUGAUGCAGUUGGUGAAAGUGUUGCUAGCUGUUGUGGUUAACUAUUUGCUAGUUGGCACAUCCCAGGCUGGACCCGUUAAAAAAGGUCUUAGCUAUGAAUCGUAUCAUCCAAAGCUCCAACCGGAGAUCAACCCCCUAUCCACACUCGCAGAACAAGAAGCAACCGUAAAUUAUUGGCUCAACAAUGCUAAGGACACUGCGCAAAAGUUAAUUAACCUUGAAGAGAACAAACGCGUAGCAAAGAACGUGAUUUUUUUCAUCGGUGAUGGAAUGUCCUACACAACGGUAGCCUUGGCUCGUGCCUAUCUCGGAGGUGAAGAGAAAGAAAUAGCAUUCUCGAACUUCAAAAACAUAGGAAUGACGAGGACCUACUGCAUCGAUUAUCAGGUCCCGGAUUCGGCCUGUACCGCAACUGCGUAUUUGGCUGGAGUGAAAGCCAACUAUGGAACGAUCGGAGUUAACGGGAAAGUUCCCAAAUACGAUUGUACGGCAGAGCUUGAUGAGUCAACGCAUACCCCGUCGAUUGCUAAGUGGGCGUUGGAUGCCGGCAAGGAUGCUGGCUUGGUAACGACAACCCGAGUAACCCAUGCAUCCCCUGCGGGAGUUUUCGCUCACACCGCGAAUCGUGAUUGGGAGAACGAUGCUGAGGUGACCAAAAAUGGCUGUGAUCCCGAGCUUAUUUCGGACAUCGCCAAACAGCUGGUGCAUGGUGAAGUAGGGAAGCAGUUGAAGGUGGUCUUGGGUGGAGGUCGAAGGGAGUUCCAUCAUAGUGAUCUGGAUCCUGAAACGGGUAAAACUGGGAAACGAAAUGAUAAUAGAAAUCUUAUACAAGAGUGGUUGGAUUUGGCUGAGGGGUCGGAAAAUCGGACAUACGUUUGGAAUAAGCAGGACCUGUUGAGUGUUGAUGCCGAAUCGACCGAUCGUCUAAUGGGACUUUUCGAUCCGAGUCACUGCCCGUAUAAUUUGGAGAGGAUUCACAACAAUCUGACUCUGCAGCCAACGUUGGAAGAAAUGGUGGACAAAGCUACGGAUAUCCUGAGUAAGAACCCCAAUGGGUUCUUUUUGUUCGUUGAAGGAGGUCGCAUUGAUCAUGGUCAUCACGACAACUUUGCGAGGUAUGCGCUAGAUGAAACGGUGGAGUUAGCAAAGGCGAUUGACCUUGCCCAGAAAAAGUUCAGUGAAGAAGAUACGUUGAUCGUGGUUUCCUCAGAUCAUUCCCAUACAGUUAGCUAUAGUGGCUAUGCGAAUCGUGGAGCUGACAUUUUCGGAUUGGCCGGUACGGGCAGCGAUGGGCUUCCGUACACGACCAUAAACUACGCAAAUGGGUUAGGUUACCACGUCCACAUGGAUAGCGUCAAUGGCGGACGGAAGAACAUCAGCGAAAUGGACACAUCUGGCGAUGAGUUCCGAUUCCCUGCAACUGCUCCGCUGUAUUCGGAAACCCAUGCCGGGGAAGACGUUGCCGUGUUUGCUUCGGGGCCAUGGUCGCAUCUGUUCACUGGGACUUACGAACAGAAUACGUUACCGCAUAUGAUGGCCUACGCAGCGUGUAUUGGCGAUGGUUUGACGGCUUGCUCGUAGCAGGUUGUAAGUGGUAUGAAUGCACUUUUUUAAUGUAGGAUUAAAUGAUUGUAAAUAAUCUUAUCUUUAUUAAAUAGUGAUAAGGUACAAUAAGAUUAUCGACUCAGACCUUGUAGCAUAUUUUCAAUGCUUUCAAAUG